UUUCAAACGCAGUUGAGAAGAUAAUCGGACGGUUUUUACAACAAUACAGCCAUGUCGUUGCCAUUUCUACCCGGGUAUUCCCGAAAUAAACAGCUGGGGAAAGACAGGUUCCAUAAAUCCCAACAUUUUGAUUAUUCCAACGGAGUCCCUCUGCUGAUGGGAUUGGAGAAGCCGGGCAUCGGGGGAGAGCUGUUACUCGGCCAGGAGAUCAAACCAAAGUAUUCGGUCUACCCCAGAGGACAGGGCAGCGAUCUACCUGCAUGGGUGGCCUUCGACAAACAGGCUCUGUGUUUUGAAGCAUACUUUUAUGAAGCUGUGCCCCAGGCCUGCAAUGACACGUACAGAAUCAGGAAGUGUAAGAUCUUCUUCUUCCUGGAGGACGACACCAUGCAGGUGGUGGAGCCAGAGUCAAAGAACAGUGGCAUCCCUCAAGGAACCUUUCUUCAUCGGCAGCGCAUCCCCCUGCCCCCCCCAGAUGAUGACCGGUUCUACAACAUUUUCCAUUUCAACCUGAACCAACAGAUGGUGCUGUACUCACACACUUUCACUGUGACCAACUGUGACUCCUUCACCAGGAACUUCCUCAGUAAUCUCGGGGUGAUCCUGAACAACCCCACCACGGUCCCUGAUGACCCGUACAGCACCCUGCGGGAACAGGUUGAGAAAAGUAUGACGCCACUGCGGCCGUACGAGAGGCGAGACACUCUGAAGCAGUUCCUGGACCACGACCGCAAAGUCCUGCGCUUCAACUGCUUCUGGGACGACUCAGAGAGCGUGUUCGGGGACCCCCACGAGCUCAUCCUGCACUACUACCUGUCCGACGACACCGUGGAGGUCCUGGAGAUCAUCCCCCCCAACUCCGGCAGGGAUAACCCCUCCAAGUUCCUCCACCGCAGCAAACUACCCAGGCAUUCAGCCCAUAUGAAGCAGCCUGGACAGAUGACGGACCGCACAGUGCUCAAUGUGUUCGCCUCCAACAGUCAGGGAAAAUGCUACCUGCUGGACAGCCUCAAAACGGGAGCUGUGCAGGAGGACUUCUGUAAGGACAGUGAUCUGAGGGUGGGGGGAGAGUUGAACUUGUGGGGAAGGAGGGUGAUCAUCACCGACUGUGACGACUACACCAAAGAGCACUACCGCUCCAAAUACGGCAUAGAGGACUUCACUCCGGUGCAGUACAAAUCCCCCCCGGCUCCGAAGCCCCCGAGGCCGGUGCCCCCCUACAAUGGCUUCGGCUCGCAGGAGGACUCGCUGAGCUCCUGCCAGGGCCUGGUGCCCAAGCCCCCGCAGAAAGACUUCAAGAAGUUUAUUGCGAAAGACAGAUGUGGCCUAGAAAGCAAUGUGCUGGACUUCCGUGCCAAGAUGGUGACCAGCGAUCCUGUGGACAGAGAAAGAGUGUUCGUCAUCUCCUUCUACCUCAGCGACGACUCCAUCUGUGUCUUUGAGCGUCCACAGAAGAACUCAGGUGUGAUUGGUGGUAAGUUCCUGGAGCGUGGCCGGGUAAUGAAGCCGGGCCAGGAGCUGUUCACCAGCCGGCCGUAUGAGUACUUCACCGCUCAGGAUCUGUACAUCGGAGCGACCGUCUGCCUCAACGAUAAGCCCUUUCAACUCCUGGACGCUGAUGAGUACACCCUCAACUACAUGGAGAAACAUGCUGAGGAGUUCCCCAAAGCCAACGUGGGAAACAUCCUGAGUAAACUGCGGUCCAUCGGGGAGGAGAAACGGAGCGAGAUCAGGAAGUUCCUGGCGCUCAGCGACCCCAGCAAGACCGGCUUCAUCCCCUAUGAGUCGUUCAGAAGCCUGCUGUCGGGUCUGGACUGCGGCCUGUCGAAGCACGAGGUUCUGGUUCUGGCCCGGUGUUUCUCACUGAGCGAGCAGCCCGAGGCCGACGUGGGUCUGAUGCUGGCUGUGGCCCAGGACAUCCUGAAGAAGAAGCAGUUUGAAGAUCUUCCUCACAUGGCCAAAAACCUCAGACACAGCGACAGACACAAGACGGGCCGUCUCUCCACCCAAGAGGUGAGGAGGGUCUGUAAGGCCUCCCAUCUCCCCCUGCCCGAGAGCGUGCUCACAGCUCUGCUCAGCAAGUUUGCAGACGGGGACCAGGUUGACUACCAUGCCUUCCUGGCUGGCAUUGACUGGGUGGAGAAUGCCGCCCCCCCAGUGAUGCCCAAUGACAUCUUAAAGUUUGAGUUUAACGUGAGGUCUGAGGCCGAAGGGGCUGCAGUGAAGAACGUCCACUACUCCUCUCUUCUGAACGAGGUGUUCGGCUGCACCAUCAACAACGCAGAGACAACCACCGCCGCCUCGUAAACGCAAGGUGGAACACAC